CAUUUUCACCCUCUUUUCUCCCUCUCUCUCACCGUACAAGAUGAUGGAUGGUGUUACCGGCGGAGACUCAAAAAACGGCGAGGCCACGACGGCGCCGCUCCGAAACCCGCAUCCAGCUACGCUGCUCAGCGCGAACGCUAUACCGCCUCCUUUCCUCAGCAAGACGUACGACAUGGUGGAAGAUCCGGCGAGCGACGCGAUCGUCUCGUGGAGCCCGGCGAACAACAGCUUCGUCGUGUGGGACCCGCCGGAGUUUUCUCGCUCCCUUCUCCCCAAAUACUUCAAACACAACAAUUUCUCCAGCUUCGUCCGUCAGUUGAAUACCUAUGGUUUCAGGAAAGUGGAUCCAGAUCGGUGGGAGUUUGCGAACGAAGGUUUCUUAAGAGGUCAGAAGCAUCUCUUGAAGACAAUAAGCAGGAGAAAAUCUACUCAGGGACAUGGUAGUGGUAGUAGUAGUAAUACACAAUCUCAUCAGGGUCAAGGCUCAAUGGCUUCGUUAUCUUCAUGUGUUGAGGUUGGGAAGUUUGGUCUCGAGGAAGAGGUUGAACAGCUCAAGAGAGACAAGAACGUACUGAUGCAGGAGCUAGUGAAGUUACGCCAGCAGCAACAGUCAACAGACAGCAAGCUUCAGUCUACGGUCAAGAGUCUUCAGACGAUGGAGCAGAGACAACAGCAGAUCAUGUCUUUUCUUGCUAAAGCUGUUCAGAAUCCAACUUUCCUCUCUCAGUUCAUACAGAAGCAGAGCGAGAGUGGUAAUAUGCAUGUGACCGAGGCUAGUAAGAAGCGGAGACUCACAGAGGAUGGUGGUACCACUGCUGCUGAUGCUGCUGAGGGACAGAUAGUUAAGUAUCAGCCUAUUAGAAGUGAUUCCAUGUUGUGGAACAUGAUGAACACUGAUGAGAAGUUCCCUUUUCUUGAUGGAUUCUCCUCCUCGUCGCCAAACCGGGAUUCUGGAGUCACUUUUCAAGAGGUGUUACUGCCCACAACCUCAGGACAGUCACAAGCAUAUGCACCACCCAUACCCUCUACCUCAACUUCCUUACCCAUUCCUCCCAUGCCACAAGAGACCAUCAAUGACUCCCCUACAGAAAACUACAUGAAUACAGAUAAGGAUAUCUCACGGGCAUUCAUCUCUCCGAGCCAGUUCCUUGACGGUGGUUCAGUACCGAAUCAGCUUGAGGGAUUACCUCAAGGCCUCGACAUCGAUGAACUGAUGAGUAACUGUGAUAUCUUUGAAGAGUAUCUGGCACAGAGCCCUGUUUUUGGAGAUGAGACAACACUAGAAAGCAGCGAUGCAAAUGGUGGGCAUGUGGAUAAGCUGAUAGAGGAGUUGGGUCAUCUCACUUCUGAGAAAAAGCAACUGUGAAGGGAUUAUGUUUAGUGUCGAAGUUGUAUAGUCUUUCUCUACUAACUUGGAUGGUUGGGACUACCGAGUUUUUUUAUUUAUUGAAGUCUCGUUUGUGUAAAAAAGUUUAAGAUUUUCAUUUACAUUAUAGAAAGUGAAUAGAACUUUGCGGAUGCCUUGAGUAUCCCUACUGUUGUCUCAA